AUGCCUUCCCAAGGCCCAGCCCAAAUGAAGCCUCCUCCAGGCCAUUUCUACCUAGCUGGAAGAUUAUUCCCACGGAAAAAGUGGUGGAGAGACAAGAAUAUGCGGACAUUGUAUUUCUUCAUUGCCGUGUUGAUCUUCACAAACACUGCAAAUGGGUUCGAUAACUCCAUGAUGAAUGGCCUCCAGGCAAUCUCAUACUGGCAAGAUUACUUCAAUCACCCCUCCGGUCCAACUCUAGGUCUAUUCAACUGUGUAAUGAGCGCCGGAGCGCUGAGUGGCUUGGUCCCCAUGCCCUUCAUUAUGGAUCGCCUUGGCCGGAAACCGUGUCUGAUAAUAGGAGCUUUCUUUAUGAUAUUGGGAAUCGCGCUGCAGGCGAGUGCAAUCAACUUCGCCAUGUUUAUUGCCGCGAGAUGGAUCCUGGGAUUUGGCGAUAUUUUGGUGAUUUGUACGGCGCCGUUGCUAAUUGCAGAAAUUGCUCCAGUUCAAGAUCGAGCGAUUCUCGUGACGAUUGCUGGUGCGAAUUAUCAGUCUGGCGCGUUCAUUGCAGCGUGGACUACUUACGGUACACUCCAGAUUCAGAGCGAUUGGGCAUGGAGAGCUCCCAGUCUCAUUCAAGGAAUCUUCACCAUACUUAUGAUCGCCGUUGUGCCCUGGAUCCCAGAAAGUCCACGCUUCUACAUUGCCAAAGAUCAACCGGAGAAGGCCCUAAAAAUCCUAGCGCAAUACCACGCCAACGGUGAUGAGCAAGAAGAGGUCGUACAGCUCGAAUUUACCGAAAUCACCACAGCCCUCGCCAUGGAAAAGAACGCCCAGAAAUCUUUCUCAUUCCUUGACUUCCUACGAACCCCCGGAAAUCGAAAACGGUUGAUCAUGAUUCUCUCAAUUGGUCUAUUCUCACAAUGGUCUGGAAACGGUCUAGUCUCCUAUUAUCUAACCACAAUCAUGAACAAUAUCGGCAUCAAGAGUCCUCAGACGCAAUUGGGUAUCAAUGGAGGAUUGACUACUUUCAGCCUCAUAUUGAACAUUAUCUUCAGCUUCUUUGUGGAUAAAUGGGGUCGUCGCCCGAUCAAUUUGAUUAGCACAAUCGGCAUGUUGCUCACCUUUGUCAUUUGGACGAUACUUUCUGCUAUCGAUGCGAAGCAGGAUAAUGCUAACCCAGCGUAUGGGAAGUCGAUUGUCUUUAUGAUUUUCUUCUAUAAUCUUUGGUAUAAUCUGAAGUCCGGUCUCAUUGCCAGUUAUACUACGGAGAUUUUGCCAUAUCAUAUGCGUGCAAAGGGGUAUACUGUGAUGGAAUAUGCUCUUUAUGGAGCACUUUUCUUCAAUCAAUUCGUUAACGCUACGGCACUCAACAACAUCCACUGGAAGUACUACAUCUUCUAUUGCUGCUUUCUAGGCUUCGAAUUAGUCAUUGUCUACUUCUUCUACGUCGAAACUCGCUACGUACCCCUGGAAGAGAUUGUAAAGUAUUUCGAUGGUGAUGAUGUUGCGGCAGUCACGAAUGAGGAGUUUGAGCAUGGUGGGAAGAACGCUGUGAUUCAUGUAGAGGAAAGUAAGGCGGCUUAG